AUGCUGGAAAGCAUUACACCAAAGUUAUACGGGCCAACGGAAUCAGUGAGCGAGAAUGAGAUAAAUUUACCUUUCCCGUUUAACGAUGCUAUAAGAUUAAUAAUAUUUCCGUCGAGAAGAAGUGCUCUUACGACUUCUUCAGGAGUGCGUUAUUAUUUCAAAGACGCAAGUGACUUUAAACAUUCAUCUAAUGCCAAAGUAAUUAUCAAGGGACUCGGCGCUUCAAUGUUUGACAAGUUGCAUAUUGAAGGACUGGUAGGACCUAGCCAUGAGGUACUCGCAGUGGUUCCGAGAGCUGUGCAAAUUGCUGCAUUAUAG